AUGAAUCCAAAUUGUGGCAGUACAUCACCUGAGUGUGAACCAAAACUAUCUAAAACCCAGACGUCAGCUGCAGAAAUCCAGGUGACUGUGUCUUCGAGUGAGUGUGAAGUGAAGAGCAGAGGGACGGCUCUGUUCCAUGUGUCCAGCGUCAAGGGGGACAGAACAGAUGUGAUUGGAGGAGAGCUCGUUCAGCCUCAGCCCCCUGACAUUACAGCGCUGUUCACCAAGAGUCACAACAAGCAAAGGUGUCGCUGUUUUGUGCGAACGCUGUUGUCGGAGGCCAAGUCUCGCAGAAAACCGCGUUGUUUCCAAAUCCCGUUCCUCUUUCAUCUAGCCUCCAAGAUGCCGACCAAGAAGUCUAAGACCAGGAAACUCCGAGGACACGUCAGCCACGGACAUGGUCGCGUUGGCAAGCACAGGAAGCAUCCUGGAGGUCGUGGUAAUGCUGGUGGCAUGCAUCACCACAGAAUCAACUUUGAUAAAUACCAUCCUGGCUACUUCGGUAAGGUGGGUAUGAGACAUUACCACCUGAAGAGGAACAUAUCCUACUGCCCCACCAUAAACCUGGACAAGCUGUGGACGCUGGUGAGUGAGCAGACCAGACUCCACUAUGCCAAGAAGCCCGAUGGACCUGCCCCUGUCAUCAAUGCUGUGCGCGCUGGCUACUACAAAGUUCUGGGCAAAGGCAAACUGCCCAAGCAGCCCGUGAUCGUUAAGGCCAAAUUCUUCAGCCGACAAGCGGAGGAGAAGAUCAAGGCAGUGGGCGGAGCCUGUGUGCUGAUGGCAUAAUGUUCCUGUCUGCCUGUUUUUUGAAAAUAAAGUGUAUAAAUGGGAACAGUCGUGUAUUUUUAGUUAUGAACUUGAGUUGCAACAAUAAAAAACUUUGACUCAC